UUGUUUACGCUCUUGACAUGCGUGAGUGAACUGAGUGAUAAGCAUCCAUUUCCCUAGUAAUUUUUGAAUAAUAUAGUACUUAUUAUCUUUAUUUCCCUCAACAGUUUUCUGUAUUCAAUACAAUGAGUGAUCCAUCUGUAUUGAAUCUGUCUUGCAAAAGUCUGAAAAAAAUUCCACCACCCGAGUCAAGAAAAGCCCAAGUCUUUGUUUUAGACCUCCACAAAAAUGAGUUGCCCAGAUUAGACAACCUGGAGUAUUAUGUUGACGUAAGAGAGCUAAAUGCAUCUCACAAUGAGGUUUUAAGAAUGUCACCUGUACUGAAACUCAAGAAUUUAGUGAAAUUAGAUCUGUCCCAUAACAAUAUUUUAAACAUUGAGGGCUUAAAAGAUCUUAUCAGGUUGCAGUAUCUCAACUUAUCUUCCAACCAUAUAAAGGCUAUAGAACACUUGCACAAUAAUCGCCAGCUAGAAUACUUGAACCUGUCUGAAAAUAAUAUAGCUCAUAUUUCAAAUAUUUUUCAUCUGACAAAACUGAAGGAGCUGCAUUUAGAAAAGAAUCGUAUUACGAAUCUCCGCCAUUGUGAACUCUACUUGCCGUCCAGCAUUACAGCUCUCACCCUUGCACACAACGAUAUUCUAGACUUGAAUGAAGUCUCUCAUUUAGCACAGUUAGACCAUCUCUCUGCAUUCUCUAUAGCAGAAAACCCUUGUGUCAUGAAGUCACACAACCAAGUUGAUUUUGAUUACCGUUCAUUUGUCAUUAAUUGGUGCCUUUCUCUCACAGGGAUUGAUGGAACACCUGUGAAUGAUCUUGAAAGGCUCAAAGCAGAGUGGCUUUAUUCGCAAGGUCGAGGCCGCCAGUUUCACAUUGGUGAGCAUACAGCACUUGUUCAAUACCUUUGUGAAACGUGUCCAUCAGCAAGUCAGAAGCUUGUCACGGAGCAGGAUCGCAAACUUCGCUUAAUCUUACUCAAAGCUCAACAACAUCAGCAGCAGCUAAAGCAAGAACAACCUGCCCCUCGCAACAAGAAGGUGAACAAAAGUCGGCCCCCCUCAACUGACUUUCUAAUGACAAGGAGUUUGGAUCCCUCGUUGUUAACUAGCUCGACAAUGCAAGUCUCUGGAUCUGAGGAUAUACUAGCGUGUUUUAAGGAGGCAGAGAACAAUCUGUCCAGAAGCAUCAACUGUCCAAAUACAAGUAUGAGUCCGCUGCCGUGUCCCGGUGCACCUACACCAAAAACAGCAGGACCCUUACCAGCUGCAACAACAUUAUUGCCCGUUCCAGAGUCCCUCAACAGUCCUCUUGUUGCAACGCCUCCAGUGCUUCCGCCGAGUCUACUAAGAGUAAAAAAAUUGAGUGAACAUAGCAACUCUAAUGGUUCAAAAAUUGAGCAAGAGAGUGUGGCAGACGAAGCGUCUGAAAAGUGUGAUGUUUCAACCACCAGUGACGUAAGCUCUGAGAAGCUCACAUCCAGGAGAAGUUCUUGGAGUAAAAGCAACUCUCUAGCAGAGGCAAGUUCAGGAAUGAACCACAACAAGCUGUCGCUGAUACGUAGUAAGGCGCUGGAAAAGAAGGAUAAGAAGCAUAACCAAGAUGCUGAUUCUGCUGCUACAUGUAUUCAGAAAAUGUGGCGGGGUUAUCAAACCAGAAUGCUCGACAAGAGAGUGGCAAAUGUUUAUCAGCAGAUUCAGAACAUGAGAAUGCAUCAGUACAUCAAAAAACUGUCGGAUGAUAUGGAAGCCACUAGGGCAGCUUUGAACAAUGAGCAUCGUUUACAAGUGCUACAAAUGCAGGCAAUGAAUGCUCUUUGGAAAAAGAUAACAAGUUUAGAACCUGGAACUCAGUUGAAAUCUGAUGAGCCAACAAGUGCAAAACAGGGCAAUGUAGAAGAGCUUGCUGAAACAUGCACAAAACUAAAUGCGCAAGUGCAGCAGCUUCAGGAGGCAAUGCAAGAAGUUCUUAGGUGUGUGAGCCCCUCUGUAUCAUCAAAUGCAACAUCCACGCAAACUGACAUAGUGGCUGUGCACACACCAGCCGAAGAGGCCAAAUUUCCGUACCAAAAAGCAGCACCUUCCGUCCGACCCUCAACCCUACCAUUGCUGUCCAAGGAACUUAGCUCCUAUGCAAAUAGUAUUGUUGGCGACGUUUUAAAAAGGACUAUUGAACAAGGUACGGAGGCAGGAGAAGAAAUCACAUCAUCAUCUCUGGAGAGCAAAAGUAUAGGGAAUCCCCAAAAUGUCCACAGAUAAGUUUUAUUAUUAUGUUCUCAAAAAUUUCACCGUUCUCACUAGAGUUGUGAGCUAAAACUGCAUUUGCAAUUGAGCCAUGAAUGUUUGUGCCAUUUGUCAUUCAGCAUUUGCUCUGCAAGCAGGCAAUUUUUAUUUUUAAUGUAUGUAAUAAGUUCUGAAAAAUACGACUUUCUCCUCACCAGACAAAAUUUUGAUGUAAGGCAGAUGGGUAGUUAGGUACAAAACUAUAAUGUAACUAUAAUGUAAUGUUUGAAGUCAAACCCAGUUUUAAUUUGAAUUCAGUCUUAAUUUUUCAAUCUAUUAUCAUUCUUGCUGCUAAUAAAAACUCAUCAAUAAUUUACUGCUGCUCAGCAUGUUGAUAUUUUCCAUGAAGUAAAUUUUACCGGUCACUGAAAUUGUGCUGUACUAUAGAGAUGGAAAAGAAAUAGAAAUGAAGAAAAAUCAAUUUGUUCGAAUAGCCCGCCUCUUGAGGUGCUAAUUGAACUCUAAAACUGAAUGAAAGUUUGAAAAUAACUUCAUGUUGAAAUUAGUAUUCUUACCCUUUGCAGCCAGUGCUGAGCCAACAAAUAGUCUCUAAAGAAGACCAACCUUAAAUUGAAAUACUCACAUUUUUAGAAUAAAAAUGCGUUUUGAACAGAGGCAGUAAAAACUUUUUAUUUUGCUCUGAAAGCCGACAGAAAACCUAGUUAUGGCAACGACUGCUUGCGUGUGCCAGGAACAAACGGUCAGCCAUAGCCCCUGCCAGCCACAGGUAACUAUAGGUAACGAUAGGAUGAUCGAAAAGACAGCCAAAACUAGAUUGCAAGUGCACACGUGCCACCGAUACGCAGGACUGUUUAAAACUGUGGUCGUCUAUGGAGGGGCAAGCAUAAGACACUGAAGUGUAGGAAAGGACCCACUGUAUGAAAUUAAAGUAAUGCAACUUGAGUUUAAUCUCAAUUUUGGUCUGGUGAGGUUAAAGUCAAUUUUGUCAUUGGUUUAAAAUAUUGAAUGAUCUCUCAAGAUGCAUGUGAUUAUUUUUGAUGAUAAGUUCCUGGCGACAAAUCCAAAAAUAACUGUCAAUUUUUUAUUUCAAUUUCUUUUGUCAUGAAUGUACCAAGGUAGAUUUUGAAGAUUUUUAUUUUUUUGGGGAACUUGGCUGAACUUAUUUAGUCUUGCUAUUUUAGGUCAGAUGUUCCAUCUUAUCUUAAAUAAUGCCUCCAUUCAUUAGUCUUUGGUAUUUUGUUAUAUUUAUCUAAACUUUGAAAUUUAUGGCGGUACAACAACAAGAAAGUCAUCCUUUUAUCCUAGAUUGCCUCUCUCUCUAAACCUCAUUUCAUCUUAAUACCUGGGCAGGAAUAGGGCACUUCAUUCACAUGCCAUUCAUUGUGAAAUUGAGUCGUUGGUUCUGUUACUUUUAGUUUUGGAUUUUACCAGGGAGAUUUAUUCUGUGAAUUUUGUGUCUUCCAUUGUAAUUUUAAAAGAUGAUGGAAGCCAGCAAAAGUUUGGCUGAUUUUAAAAUGGGUACCUUUUCAUGAAUAAGAGCCCCUUCUCAAAUCGUAAAAGUAGCAAAGAAAAAAAAACAACAAGAAAAAAACAAAACAAACAUUCAAUAAUAAAAAGGGCACAUAUUCACUCGUCAAGGAGUCAAUUUUUAAUUUGUAUCAUAGUAGUCCAAAAUAAUGAUUUCACCAUAAUUUUAAUUUUUUACCAUUGUGCGCAACACCAUUUGCGAUUCAAAGGCAAUUUUGAGUCUCUUGUACUUUAAAGUACAUUUCAAAAGCGAUUUUAUACUUGUUGAAAAAUAUGUAGGAAGAUUUUGAUGUCUUAAAACAGCAGAAAAAAAUCAAAACACAUUUUUUAUUCAUUUGAAUUUAUUUGCCUUGCCGCAACUUUGAGUUUCAGCAUAACUGGUUUCUCUCCUAUUUGAAUUUAUUUUUUACUCUGUCACACAUUAAGUAUGAUUUUUUCCAGAAAAAAGGUGAUAGAGGCUGAAAUUGAGCCUGGAAGAGUUCAGAUUCAAGUCCGCACACUUUCUCCAUCUUACCAGUUCCAGGAAUAAUUUUUUUGACGGGCAUGUAUGUAAGUGAAUAGGGUAGGGAGUGAAGGCGUUUCAAAGACCAAGUUAAAAAACUCCAAAUUUCCCUCUUAUCACAUUUGUAACAGUGAAAUUGAGCCAUUUGGAUUUUUGUUGAAUCAUUUUUGGAUCAAAAUGAGUGUUUCCAUGUAUUAAAGUUGCAAAUUUAGGAGAUUGAAGGAUUUUUAGGCCUGUUGUGGGGGGGGGGGGGAUGUUUAGCUACAAGUAAUUCAUACUAGAAAAUAUUUGUUUGCCAAAUCAACUUCAUUCUUUUAUCGAUAGCAAUUCAAAAUACUUUUUUAUGGUUGUCACAAUAUAAAAUACAUGAAAAACUAAACCUUUCAAUUUGUCUAAAAUCAGAAUUGAUUCCUUGCAUGCCUCUCUUUUUGUAUGUUCAUCGGUACAUUCUUAAGCUUUUGAGACUUUAUUCACAGCUUGCUCAAUAAUUUUAUUACAGUACAAUUUUUUUACUUUUUAUAAAUAGCCGCUUUAGUGUUUGAUUUAUGUCUCUGAGAAAUAUGUGGUAUUUGGAGAAUAUUUUCUGAGAAUCAUGUCUUAUGAUGGUUAUUGUUUACCUCUUUCAAACCUUUAAGAAGUAGAGUAUUCCUCAAAGAAUCUCAUCAGAGUCAAUUGCUUAGGAUUUUAAACUAUGUCAUCUGUGUUGUUUUGGUUCUAAUAACAAAAUCUACCGUAGAUAUCAUGACAUCAGAAUCAAAUUAUCUAAAAAAUCGAAAGUAAAUAGUAAUACUGUCAUUGAUCAUCGUCAGAAGUUCUGAGGUUGGUAAAA